AUGGCUUCGUCGAUCGCAGCCCUGAAGAACGUGGUCGAGCCCGCAUUCAUCGUUCUUGCCUUCACAGUUGGCACUCUUAUCAACCGCCGAAGACCGGUGUACGAUGAUGACGUAGACUCUUGCGAGCGUGGGUCGGAGGAUUCGUCGUCUCGCCCCACCUCUCCGCUCCUGAAGCCGGGGAUGCGGGCGGAGGCGGCGGAGAUAUCCCGCGUCAACAGCAAGCUACUUGUUCGGUUCUACCAAACAUUUCCUUUCCUUUCUGAAAUCUGGUACUGGAACUUGACCUAUUGGGUCUACCAACUUCUCCGUGCGUUCUCGGCCCGCAUGAUUGCCGGUAACGAAGCAGUCUUCAACAGGGCCCGCGACCAUGCCAUCAGCAUUUUGAACUUCGAACACUUCUUCGGCUUCGAUUUCGAACUAGGACUACAGCAAUAUGUCCUCAACAACAUGCCCUGGCUGAUGCCAAUCCUGGCAAAGGUUUACUACUCCCACAUCAGUCUCGGCAUCUGCUUCCUCAUCUACACCUACACCUUUCUCCCGCCGAGCACGUUCCAACGAAUCCGACGAACCAUCGCGAUGGACAAUGUCAUUGCUUUCGUUAUCGUGACAUCUUGGCGCUGCAUGCCGCCUCGAAUGCUGCCUGCCGAAUACGGGUUCAUCGAUAUCUUGCAUAGUGCAAAGGGAGGUGGCAAUGCUUGGACUCACAAUAAGUUCCAGCUCACCAUCGCCGCGAUGCCUAGUCUUCAUUGCGGCACGGCACUUUUCCUCGCUUGGAGCAUUUGUCGCUUCUCGCCUCACCGCCCGCUCCGUCUUAUUGCGCCUCUGUGGCCCAUGGCCAUGUUCAUCACGAUUGUCGCGACAGCAAAUCAUUUCAUUCUUGAUGCUAUGGUUGGCGCCAUGGUUCCUGUCCUCGGUUGGAGGUACAACCAUGUCCUCUUGGUUCUGAAACCAAUCCAGGAUCGCGUACUGGAGAGCCUGGGUCUGAAGACCCAUGAUGACGAGAGAGUGUCCAAUGUGCCAAAGGAAUGGUAG